UAGUAUGUUAAGGAAAUAAGAAAACGACUUGACUACACCACACACACACAAACGCGUGCGCGCUUGUUAACUAAACAAUAACCCUGGAAGUAAAGUAAGACAUGUAUUUAUUAAACUCAAACUGGUGGCCAGCCUGUCUGAUACCAUGCCCCUCUGUCCUUCUGUAACCCCUGUCUCAAAUCUGACGUUUUCUUUUAAAACGCCACCUAGCUGCAAGCCACAGAAAUACAAUGUUCAAUUCUUCAUAGAAGUUUCACUUUCCUGGUUUGCGAAGAUGUCGGCGUGAGUGCGAAGUACGAAUGCUCUCUCUCUGCGUUUCAGAGCCAGAGUAGAUCCAGCAGAUGGCAGGCUUGGGCCGGUCGUUAGACAUCGUGGGUCUGCCCAGUGACGUUGAGCGUGACCGUCUUAUUGACAAACUCCUGAUACACUUCCUCCGCCCCAGCAAUGGGGGAGGUGAGGUGCUGUCCGUCACUGUCAGCAAAGCCAGGCCACGGUCUGCCCUCGUCACCUUUGAGGAUAGAAAAGUGGCACUGAGCGUGCUCAACCAUCGCCCCCACAUUUUGGAGUUAGAUGGCCAGAAGCACGAACUUUCUGUCAGUUUAGCCAGUGCACAACCCGCCGUCAACCCAGACAUGGUUAUUUUGACAAUGUCGGUGACUGUAGAUUGCCAUCAGCUACCACUGGGUAAGAGGGCAGUCACUAACCUGCAGCGCCAGUUCCCAGAUCUGCACAUCAGCUUCCCCUCUCCAGAGGGGAACCGUUGCUCAUUAAGUGGACCGUACUCUCAGAUGCAGCCCGCUGUGGCCCACAUCCUCGAGUUACAUGAGCACAGUCGGGGCAGGAAUCCAAGGCCAGAGGAGGAGAAUGGGUUUGGUCUUACAGCAUCACAGUCAGAGCAGAUGUGGCCGGAGUCAAAUGGACCUCCCAGCCCACUCGCACUGGGAGCUUUAGGUUCGUCUGCAGGACAGGAAGUGGAGAACUUGGGUGCCGAGGGAGGUGCCUUGGGUCUAAGCCUGCCCGGAAGUCACCCGUUGAGGCUGGAGGAUGAGUUAAAAUGCGAUGCUGAGGUGGAGGAUCUCUCCCUGAUUAUGGACUCUGAUUUGUUCCAGUACCUGCAGAGGUGUAAGGAGUAUCGGCAAAUCCUGAGGGAUCACAAUGUGGAGGUGGUGGACGAGACCUCACACGGUCUCACCACUCUCUUCUUUCAGGCCAGGUCAAAGGUCACAGAGGAGUCGGAAGUCCCAGGGCACACACUGAAGCGUCUGGCGCGUGCCCAGAAAGAGCUACGGCAGCUCCAGCAGCAGCAGGAGGCAUCCUUGCGCAGGGCUCAGUUGAGUAAAAGCACCCUCUGUAGUACACGAGCCCUGGAGAAUGUUCAGUCCCUGCUGCCAAAGCUCCUGCUAACUGAAGAUGAUGAAAAUGUGUAUAUUGUUGGAGAGAGUAGUGACGUUUCUCAGGCCAAACAGCUUUUAAUGCUGGGCUAUCGCCUGAGAAAGGAGGACGUUGUUGCCACAUCUGCUCACUCACCCUCACAUUCUCCAUCACAUACUCUUUCACCAGCCUCCAGCCCCUCUGAUGCAGGCCAAGGGGAACGGUUGGACUCCAAACCCACAGUGGAGGAUCCUAGGUUCGGCAAGAUGCUUCGUACCUCUGGAGGGGAUCGCAAGAUGGAGUACAAGCUGGCAGCUCGAUUUAAGAGCUCUGGAGUAACGUUAGGGGGGCUGGGGCCUAAGCCUGGAGACCUGAGUGACCUGAAGGACCAAAGAGACUUAGAUUUGCAGAGGCUCUCUACUAAAAAUGAGACACUAUUGGCAUCGGGAAACUCGUUAGUUGGCAGAGACAAGCUCUUGUCUGGAGGCGCUGGGAUAGAUUUUGCAGCACUCCAGAUUUCGCCACCUGAACGCACUGGAGAGGAUAUUCUGUUCAGAGGCACGGAUCCACAGACCACUGCAGCCAUGUUUGUGCCCAUGUCCAUGACAAUAUCCACUCGUGCCGGCACCUCAUUCUCAUCCCUACCACUUCAAACUCCUUUAGAUGUGAAGACACUUCAUCCGCCUGGUCCUCCGUCUGGGUCUUCAGGAUCUUCUGGUCUAAAGAGAGCUAGCAGUUUCUCGGGCAGGACCCGAGCGAAGCAGGACGAGGCGAAACCAGAGGCUGCGCAGGCAACGGGCUCCGCUCCUCGCAGCAGACCAAGAUCCAACAGCAUCACCAGAGUUCACUCGGCCGAGGUCAUAGUGCCGCUGCUGAUGUGGUCCUACAUGAAGGAGGCAUACCGCACGCGCCUGGACGAUAUGACGUCCGACUUGCAGAUGUCAGAGAGUCAGUCAGGAACAGACUCUGGUGUUAAGGUGGUUCUGAAGGGAGCUGAGUCAAGUGUGGUGCUCACUUGCCAGCGUGAGCUUCAGAAACUUGUUUCCAUGGUGACGUCGGACUUCAGCAUUAUGGAGUUGCGUCUGUCCGACCUGGGCAUUGUCGAGGGGGACGAGGUGUUUGAAGCCUGCUGCGCGGACGUACGUUCACGAUUCAGCAAGGUUAGCCAGCGAAAGUGCAGAGGAAGUCUCUACCUGAUUGGCCCAAAACUGCUGUGUUCACAGGUGGAUGCAAUGCUGCGAGAAGUGUUUUCUGGAGGGCCCGGGCAAAAGGCCCCCUCUCAACCCUUCCUUAAACAGCCAGUCUCUUCAAAAGAUGGCUUGGACCCCGACCACACCCAAAGAGGUUCCAGCAGCAGUGACACAGAAAAAAAUACAAACAGGAAGAAAGACCUACAGAAAGGAAAAAGACUCCCCUCAGAACCUACAGAAAGCACCCACAGACGGAAAGGCCAUCCAUUGGAGCCCACGGCCGAAGGGCUUAGCCUGCCAUUAGCAAAGAAAGAGCCUGUCACCAGGGAGAAGGUUGAAAGGGGUGGUACCACCUCAGGCAGGAAAAGCAAGACGUACACAUCUCCAAGCCCAUCGGCUGACACAAGCCAAGGAGCAGUGGCAUGGAGGUUUGAUGAAAAGCCAUCCUCUUUGCCAAUUACGUUGUCCAAAGCACAAGAAUUUGUCAAACAGACUAACCUUCAUCCCAGCCCGACAGUGACCACAUGCAUUUGUGGGGAGAGUUGUUCACAGUUGGCACGCAUGGCAUGUGGAUUGACUUUUUGUCGUCGGUGCAUGUCCCUCCAUGGCCACUGCCAGCUCUGCUCUAGUAAAGGGACAGAGCAGUCACUUCCAAAUAAGAGCCAAGAACAGAACAAAAACCAGGACCAAGCCUUGGCUGGCCGGUUACGGGGACAAUCUGUACCGGGUAUCCAUGGAACCAUGAGCUGUGUGGAGCUUCCUUUCAGCCUGUCGGGCCAUGCCAGAGACACCACAGCCAAAAUCACCUACGUCAUCACUGAUGGCAUUCAAGAUGAGGGACAUCCCUGUCCAGGGUCACCGUUCGAGGGGGGAGUUUUUGAGGCCUAUCUGCCCCUCAGUGCAAGAGGUAGGGGCUUCCUGCCACUCCUUGAGAGAGCUUUUCGGCAGGGUCUCACCUUCACCAUCUCCAUGGGCAACACCACUGGUGACAGGGUGGCCAAGGUUGUGUGGCACAACAUUCCCCACAAGACAAAAAUGGAAGGUGGUAAAAGUGGAAAUGGCUAUCCAGACUCCAAUUACCUGAGUCGUCUGUCAGAGGCCCUGAAGGCUCAAGGAAUUGAAGACGUGCCAGUGACUCAGGACAAAGCCAAACCAUGACCAAGCAGAAUCAAAAGUGCACUGUAAUCCUUUCCAAAAUAGUGAAAACGCUUGCCUUGAAUGUUAGAAUAAUUUUAAAAAAUUGUUUUAGUUGUAUCUAUUUUAUCAACCACUUUAGUGGAUUGCUUUAAUUUUAGAAAUUGUAUAAUUGAAGAUGUUCAACUCUUGUCUUUUAAAAAUGUGUUUUUUUAUAUAUACCAAUACCAAAUGUAUUUUUGACAAUUUUUUACAGUAAAAUCAUUUAAUGUCACAGUAUUUUGUUCAGUUAUGAGGAUUUGUAUUUCUAAUUAAUCAAACAAGUCUUGAGUAGAAAA